AUGAAGGAUGAGAUGGUAGCCUUGGUGGACAUUGACUCUGAUAGAGAGCUGGGAGUGCUUGCCGAUGAGGCUCAACGCUGGCAAAUGGCCUCUGAAAAUGACUCAAAAGAUUGCAAUUUUAAGAAUGUAAGAAUUGUGGAACCUGGGUAA